GUACAUUAUUUGUCGGCCCCUCAGUUAAUAACUCCCUUUGUUUUCUUCACUCAAAAUCCAGUCAAACUUUUUGACUUUAUCCUCGUCACUGCCUCGUCAUGUCGACAUUUAUGGCCUGGCUGCGCUCUCCAGCGAGUAGAGAAUAUCUGAUGAGUACUCAUUUCUGGGGCCCUCUUGCAAACUGGGGCUUACCACUUGCUGCCCUUGCUGAUUUGAAGAAAGACGAGGAGGUUAUAUCAGGCACUAUGACUACUGCUUUGACCUGCUAUUCUCUGACAUUCUCGCGCUUUGCAUGGGUCGUCCAACCUCGGAAUUAUCUCCUCCUCGCUUGUCAUAUGACGAACGUCACAGCACAGUCGAUACAGCUGUAUCGCUUCAAUGAGUACUGGAACCGAGGUGGAAGGGAGAGGAAAUUGGGUCUCACAGGUGCCGCGCAGGAUGCUGCUCAAGAUGUCAAAACUUCCGUUGCGGAGACUGCCAACACUGUUAAAGACAAGACUCAGAAACCCUAAACUUCCUAUUCAUCUAAUGAUAUGAUAUAUUUAUUGUUCUAGAAUAAUCUUCAUAUCCUUCUUUUGAUGCGAUAAACGGAUUUGCGAUGAAAUUCACCGUCAAUUAGCCUCUUCGCUGG